AUGACUUCAUUCUUCUCUGACAUCGAGGAUCAGUUUUCUGAGUACACGUGGCCACGACUUAUAUACAGUGCAGUACGUGUUCCCGCUUACCAUCUUUACUUUGAAAUUUGUUUAAUAAUUGGGAUUAUUUGGCUUCUCUUCAAACGAAGCUACAAUAUCCAUGACAAAGCCAAGCUUUCUGCAGCAGAGAAGGAAGAUUUGAUAAGAGAAUGGAUACCUGAGCCCUUGGUACCUACCUCUUGGGUUCCAUCAAAGAAACUCCUCGAACGUUUUCACCGAGCUUCGGUCGGCUCCAUCGGAAAAUAUGUUAGAUUUGAAGGUAAAGGAGGCGAAGUGACACCUUCCCAUCUUAACGUUGCAAGUCUUAAUUUUCUCGACUUUAUUGGAGAUGAUAAACUCAAUAAAGUCGCCAUUAAAGCCUUAAGAACUUAUGGCCUUGGCGCUUGUGGCCCUCGUGGAUUUUAUGGCACUUUCGAUGCCCACCUCACGUUGGAGAAGGCCAUUGAGUCCUUUCUUGGUGUUGAAGAGGUUGCCCUCUAUUCCUACGCUUUCUCCACUAUCGCUAGUGCAAUUCCAGCCUAUGCCAAACGCACAGAUGUUAUCUUUGCUGAUGAGGGCGUUGGGCAGGCUGUUAGAGAAGGUCUUCGGGCAUCUCGUAGUACUGUCCGCUACUUUCGACACAACGAUAUCAACCAUCUUGAAGAACUAAUGGUAGCUCAAGAAGCUGAAGAUUCUGAUAAUCCCUAUCGAGCUUCGCAGAUUCGACGCUUUCUGGUUGUGGAGGGUCUCUAUCUCGAUUACGGGGAUAUUUGCCCGCUGCCCCAUCUGGUUGAUUUGAAGUACAAGUACAAAGUUCGAAUAAUUUUGGAUGAAUCCAUCUCCUUCGGUGUCCUUGGAAAGACUGGGCGUGGCGUGACUGAACAUUUUGGAAUCAAUGUGGAGCAUGUGGAUCUCAUAACAAGCUCAUUGGAAACGGCAAUUGGUGUGUGCGGUGGUUUCUGUGCAGGAUCACACUUCGUUGUGGACCACCAACGGUUGUCGGGGCAGGGUUACUGUUUCUCUGCCUCCCUGCCUCCGAUGCUUGCAGCUGCAGCGCAGGCUGCUGUGGAGCAGUUGACCUCGGAGGAUGGCGUCCGGCAGUCACAAUUGCGCCGUCUCUCUCAUCGCCUUCAGGCGGCUUUGAUGGAGGCUGCACUGGCCCAAUUCUGGAGUCUCGAACCUUGUUCUCACCCUGAUUCGCCGGUGAAACACAUUCGUUUGGCUGUUGGCGCUAAUUCCAUGGAGAGACUGGAGUACGCCUGUGACCUCGCUUCUACUUUGUCAAGCGUAGAUGCAUCAGAAUCAAGGAAAGAGGAGCUCGGAACCACGCCCGUACUUCUUACAGUGGCGCGCCACGCAGAGAACACGCUGAGGAAGGUUCCAGAGCCAAGUAUUCGACUAGCUCUGAAUUGCUCGAUGACGACGGCAGAGUUGGAUCACGUCUGCAAGAUGCUUCAAAAGGUUGGCGAGAUCAUGGCGGGGUCAGAGUCCACGUCAGAGCAGCAUUAA